GUUGCUGACGGUGUUUUUUAUGCUGAACUUAAUGAGUUCUUCACCCGUGAACUUGCUGAAGAUGGCUAUGCUGGUGUUGAAGUUCGUGUUACUCCUGCUCGUACUGAAAUCAUCAUUCGUGCUACACACACUCAAAAUGUUCUCGGCGAAAAAGGUCGUCGUAUUCGUGAAUUAACUACUCUUGUUCAAAAGCGUUUCAAGUUCCCUGAUAAUGGUGUUGAACUUUAUGCUGAACGUGUUCAAAACCGUGGUCUUUGUGCUAUCGCUCAAUGUGAGUCAGUUAAAUUUAAGCUUCUCAAUGGUUUGGCUGUCCGUCGUGCCUGUUAUGGUGUUGUCCGUUUUGUUAUGGAAUCUGGUGCUAAGGGUUGUGAGGUUGUUGUCUCUGGUAAGGUUCGUGCUGCUCGUGCUAAGGCUAUGAAGUUUGCUGAUGGUUUUAUGAUUCACUCUGGUAACCCUGCUCGUGACUUUAUCACCACAGCUGUUCGUCAUGUUGAUUUGCGUCAAGGUGUUUUGGGUAUCAAGGUUAAGAUUAUGUUGGAUAGUGACCCCACCGGUCGUAAUGGUCCUAAGCAAACUCUUCCUGAUAUUGUUACUAUUCUUGAACCUAAGGAAGAUGUUACCAUCCUUGAACCUUCUGUUCAAGACUUUGAACCCGCGGCACCUACUAUCACCGAACCUGCUGCUAUUGAAGCACAAUAG